UGCUGGUCUUAGGCCGGUUGGUGUCCUUGUGCGAGACAAAUAAACAUUGGACUCUACUAUUGACAAACUAUAACACACAAAAUAUAUGUGUGGCGACCAGAGAUGUUAGGGAGAAAGAGUGCGUCCGACACUGUUGAAAUGCGAAUCGAGCCACAAACCGGACGUGUGCCUGCCAUCUUAGGAUCUCCGAUAGCUUGAAUCGCCUCGAUUUUGUCUGCGCCAAUCACACAAUCGAACGUGAUGUGGCGUUCAGAUUGGCUGGCGCUUUGUGUGCGUGUCAUUCCCAUUCCACUGCUGGACCACUCACAGAGGGCAGCUGCCCUUUUAUUUUGCAUUUUGUAUUUUGUGCUCUUUUGGCCUUUUUCUUCAUUUUCCCUAUUGCCCCCUUUUUUGUUUCCUCUUCUACUUUUCCCAACUCUGUUUUCCUCUCUCUAUUUUUCACAUUCGACCUUUGGGAAUUUCUCUCAUUCUCACGCACAAUGCUCGACUUUGUUGUCUGUGUCGGUGGCAUCUACGCCUGCUAUCUAACAUGGUCUGUCAUGCAGGAGCGGGUGACAAUGUCCACGUACGGCGAGGACCACCAGCGAUUCCGCUUCACAAUUGUACUCAACAUUAUCCAAGCAAUGUCUGCAUCCCUCACAGGGUACUUCUACGUCCGUGUCAUCCAGAAAAAGCCAAUGCUUAAGAUGAACGCGCACCGGUGGAAGCGGUUCUUCCAAGUCGCCGUGCUUAACUCUCUGGGGUCUCAGUUCGGGUACAUGGCGCUCAAAUAUAUUAAUUACCCGACGAUGACAUUGGCAAAAACAUGCAAGUUGAUCCCGGUUAUGUUCAUGAACAAGGUGCUUUAUCGCAAGCAUUAUCCGACGUUCAUGUACGCAGUGGUGGCGAUGAUAUCGGCCGGAGUGUCGGGGUUCAUGCUGUUCAAAAGCGGCGGCAGCGGCAGCGCGGCGGUUGUUGAAAAUAGCCUUUAUGGGCUGGCGCUUGUGUUGAUUAAUUUGGCGUUUGACGGUACGAUGUACUCGACCCAGGAACACAUUUUUGCUGAGGAUUCUGAGAUUACAGGCCAGAACAUGAUGUGCAUUAUGAACCUAUGCAGCACAGUUCUCAUGUCCCUGUGGCUGCUGAACCCGUACAAUCCGGAGCUGGCUUCGGCAAUACGGUUCCUGUACACGCAUCCUCGCGCGAUGACCGACAUUGCCAUGUUUGCCAUUUGCGGUUCGCUCGGCCAGUGCUUUAUGUUCUACAUCUUGGCCAACUUUGGCUCGCUGACUCUGACGACAAUCAAUGUGACGCGCAAGUUCUUGACUAUUUUGAUCUCGGUGUUCUACAAUGGCCACCCGCUGAACCAGAGACAGUGGUCGGCCACUGGCCUGGUAUUUGCGGGCAUUACCCUCGAGGUGUAUAAGAAGCAUAUGAUUAAGCGGGCGGGAAAGAAGCUGCAGCCGGCGGUGGCUGAUUUGCCCGAUACAGCGGGGGAGCCUGUUAAGCGUGUCACGUCGCCAUCGCUUUCGGGCGAGCGUGCUGCUGCGGUGCGGGCUGCGUUGAAGCGCAAGUCUGGCGGUACUCAGGCGGAUGCCAGUGGUGAUCUGAGAAGACGCCAGAUGGUCGAGGUGGCUGCCACAUAAAUUCUUCCCGUACUUGGUUGUUUUGGCCGCAAAUUCAUUUCAUUUCAUUUUUUUUCUUCAGAUUAUAUAUCCUUUUGCA